AUGGGUUCUGCUUCUCAAGAGACACUGAGGAGCUUUUGCUCUAACACGGACUGGAAGUAUGCUGUGUUCUGGAAACUUCAUCAUCGUUCUCGAAUGGUACUUACCUUGGAGGAUGCUUAUUAUGACAAUCAUGGGGCGAAUGACUCACCGGAAGUUGAGGGUUUCAACGUUAUACCGAGAAACGUGGAUGGAGGAGGAGAUCAAGCUCAUGACCCCCUGGGUUUAGCUGUGGCGAAGAUGGCUUAUUAUGUCUACUCUCUAGGGGAAGGGAUUGUAGGACAAGUUGCAGUUUCUGGAGAACAUCAAUGGGUAUUCCCUGAAUACUAUGACAACUGUCACACAGCAUUUGAGUUUCAUAACGUUUGGGAGAGUCAGAUAUCUGCUGGAAUUAAGACCAUUCUUGUUGUAUCUGUUGGUCCCUGUGGAGUGUUGCAGCUAGGCUCUUUGCGUAAAAUUGACGAAGAUUUGGCUUUGGUGAAUCAUGUCCGACAUAUGUUUUUGGCACUUAAGGAUCCACUGGCAGUGGCAGAUCACGCAGCAAAUCUAAUGCAAUGUAAUAUGAACAAUUCGUUGUGUCUGCCAAAAAUACCUUAUGAUUGUUUAAAUGUCAAGGCUUUCCCUGAUUGCUCUGGAGAAGUGGACAAAGUGAUGGAUGUGGAAGAGUCAAAUAUUCUAAGAAGAAAUGAUAAGACGCCUUGCAAUACUCCUUCUUCAUGUCAUCUAACGGAGAAGGCAGCUCAAGUAAUGGGUGGUCAUGAACUUGUGGAAGGAUCUACGUGUGGGAGCUAUAGUGGUGUCACGUUUGGCUUUCCAGUUGACUUGGUUGAUGCCAGACAUGAGAAUCAAGUUGGUACGAAUAUAAACAGCGAUGCACCUGACGUGGGGAUGACUAGUGGCUGCAAAGAUCCAAGAGGAUUAGAUCCUAGUUUACAUCAGUAUUUGAAUUCUUACCAAAAUGAAGUGUUCCAACUAUCUGAAAACCAAGGAAGUAAAUACCUAAAAGAGCCUGAGCGUAUACUGGAGAGGAGAUGUGAGCCAACUCGGUUUGAUGAUGUGAUCUCAUCUGGAUAUGCUUUUGCUGGGAGCGAGCUGCUAGAGGCAUUAGGCACUGCUUUCAAGCAAACGAGCACUGGUCAUGAGGAGCUAAUGAAGUCUGAACAUGGAUCAAGAAUAAGUCCAACAGAUGAUAUGAGUCAUAGCCAACUCACAUUUGACUCUGGGCCUGAGAAUCUUCUAGAUGCUGUGGUUGCUAAUGUGUGUCAUAGCGAAGGCAAUGCCAGGGAUGAUAUAUUCUCGAGCAGAUCGGUACAGUCAUUGCUUACCAGCAUGGACAUUGCAGAACCUUCAAAUCAAGGGAAACAUAUUAUCGGUAGUGCUAUGAAUCAGCUGCCACCAGCAGAGGUGGAAACCCAACAGAAUCCAUCAGAUAUCUGUGGAGCAUUUUCUUCCAUUGGGUUCUCAUCCACGUGUCCAAGCUCCUCAAGUGAUCAGUUUCAGACAUCCCUGGAGAUGCCCAAGAAGAACAAAAAGAGGGCUAAACCUGGUGAAAGUUCUCGGCCUCGACCAAGAGACAGACAGCUCAUUCAGGAUCGAAUCAAGGAACUUAGAGAACUUGUUCCUAAUGGAUCCAAGUGCAGUAUCGAUUCUCUGCUAGAACGCACGAUCAAGCACAUGCUCUUUUUGCAGAAUGUUACUAAGCAUGCUGACAAGCUCAGUAAAAGUGCUAAUACAAAGAUGCAACAAAAGGAAACUGGCAUGCAAGGUUCAAGCUGCGCAGUGGAGGUUGGAGGCCAUCUUCAAGUGUGUUCGAUUAUCGUGGAGAAUCUGAACAAGCAGGGGAUGGUGCUUAUCGAGAUGUUAUGUGAAGAAUGCAGCCAUUUUCUUGAGAUAGCAAACGUGAUUAAGAGUUUGGACCUCAUCAUUCUAAGAGGCAUCACCGAGCCUCAGGGCGAGAAAACAUGGAUAUGCUUUGUAGUUGAGGGCCAAAACAACAAAGUAAUGCAGAGGAUGGACAUUUUGUGGUCUCUGGUGCAAAUAUUCCAGCCAAAGGCCAAUGGCAAGCGGUAG